AUGUCUGAAUUGCGAAGAGGCUUCUCUAAGACAUGUAGAUGUGGAGAAGCCGUAGUGAUGAAAACGUCUAGGACCGCUAGAAAUCCUGGAAGACUGUUUCAUGCUUGUCCAAAUGGAUCAGAAGAGAAUAAAUGGUUUCAUGUGUUUAAGUGGACUGAUGAGUGUAUGGUUGAAAAGCUUGAGGAUUUGGUAGAAAAAGUAGAUGACAUCGAARGAACUUCGGCUAAGCUACAAAAGACAUSARGAGCUUGUGAAUCAAAGAUCGAAACUCUGGAAAUGGAGAUAAGAACUUGUGAGGCUGUUGUUCAAACGAAACCGAGCCGUUUGUCUGCGUGUCAUCCAUGCCACUAUACAUUGGAGAUCGAAACUCUGGAAAUGAAGACAAAAAUUUGA